CUCACAAAGUGCAUGCGCAAACUGAAGUGCGUGCGAAGGAAGAGGGGCAGCUCGGUGUUAAUGAAAACGACAAACUGCGUUCACUCUCCAAAUCUCCUCUGCGAUAAGUGGCGAUGAUGAAUUAAACGAGCCCAGAAGGACUUAGCAGCCACCAUUCCUCUUCACAACACACCAAUCUGGACCGACACUUUACAUUUCUACAGAGCCCGACAUUCCCCACAUCUUCAUUAAGGCUGCAAAGGUGCAAAUACUAAUGCUGUCUCCUCUCAGGACGGGGUGUACACCCAUACUGGCUCAUGGACAGCAAGUGUUCACUUGACAUGUCAGAGUCUGUAUCAGGGACAGGAUGUCUAAAUGUGAGCUGAUUGAGCUGAAGGACCUAAGUGUAAAUGAUACCAUUGAGCUGGCUGCUCCUGCCGCCCGCACAGCUCCGCCACCUUUAAACCCAGCUCAGCCGAGCCCCUUCCAUGUCGUCCGUCUGCUGGGAGACCGCGUUAGAAUCGAGGCGCCCGGGUUUCAGAUAGUAGUGGCUGGAUUGGGUCAUGACUUCCAGCCCUACAGUCACACCAAUCUCACCUGGUGUGACAUGUGUGGAGAAUUCAUCUGGGGUGUUUACAAGCAGAGUUUACGCUGCACCAAUUGCAGUUACACUUGUCAUUACCGCUGCCGACCAUUCAUCCAGCUGGACUGCAGCACAGAUGGAAGUUUGUUAACAGACGAGGAAGAUUUCUCUGUUGACUCGCUCGAGACAGACACAAAUGUGGAUGAACAGAUCGAUUGGGGUAAACAGGAGUUGACUGUCUGUGAGAUUCAACAUAAGGUUAAGGAGUAUAAUGCACAGAUCAACAGCAAUCUCUACAUGGUGGUUAAUAAAGAUGGAUCUUACACUGGAUUCAUCAAGGUCCACUUUCAGUUAGUUCGUCCUAUCUCCCUGCCUCCUCCUCAGAGCCUGGGCUCCACACAGGAGGAGGAUCAGCAGGGCAGACAUGUGAAGCGGCGGACAUCUUUCUACCUCCCUAAAGACACUGCCAAGCACCUGCAUAUAAGUUCCCAAACACGCGUGCGAGAGGUCAUCGAGGCAUUGCUCAAUAAGUUCACCGUGGUGGACAACCCGGCCAAGUUUGCCCUGUUUGAACGCGCUGAGAGACAAAGUCAAGUGUACAUGCGUAAACUGCCUGAUGAUGAGUUCCCCCUCCACCUGCGCUUGUGUGCCGGCCCCAGUGAAAAAGUCUUGAGUCUGGUUUUGAAAGAGAAUGAAACAGGGGAAGUAAAUUGGGAUGCAUUCAGUUUUCCUGAGUUGUGCAACUUUCUGCGAAUCCUUAAGCGCGAGGAAGAAGAGCAUGUACGACAGAUUGUGAGGCGCUACAGCCGCUCUAGAGACACCAUGAAGCAGGCCAUGGCCCGGAUUACUACUCCUGGUUGACUUUGAGCGAUUCAAUUGAGCAUCAUCUUUAAACAUGAACAAGAAAAUUCUGCCACUGAUUGCCAAUAUAAAAGGGAAGGAAAGAGCUCAGACAAUGGUGUUGUUUUGAAUAAAUGUUGUUUAUGAAGCAGGGAUACUGCUGUUACAUUUAAUGUGAACUACUUAAAGGCUUAGGCCAUGCUAAUUUUGUGCAAGCAGAGCCACUGUUGUGAACUGAAUGGGGAGAAUAAUAGAUUAUCUUGGAUUUAAUUGGAUGCAGUUCUUUCUUGAAAGACCAUGCUGCUUUACUGGAUUAUUUAUAGUGGUAUUAAAAUCACACGUUUAGUCUUUUCUGUGGUCAUUUAUAAUGUGAUUUUUAGUUUCUAUUAUAUUCUGUGAAGAUGUUUUUAAAAUGUUGGCACUUUAAUGAACCUGUGAAGUGGAU